GUAUUCUAUUUCUUCAUCCUUAUAAAAUAGACUAUUUGGCCUUAAUUUUAGCUGGUACUGAUCAUAAAGGCCUUGAUCAGGUCACUAAAUUAUUUCCAAAGAGGACUGGAGUUCCUAUUCCAGAUUGGAUAAUCGUGGGACCUGAAUCUGCGUGGAAAGGUGCUGGUGGAUUGCUUGGUGCUGG